GGUAGACGUCUUUAGUAGAGCACCGAAUCAGCCCAGAGGGAUCGGUGUCAAUGGAGAUUGUCCUGAUGGGAGCUGGAGGACAUAAAUUGUUUUUUACAAAAAAACAAUUCAAUUUAAUAAUAAUAAAAAAGUUAGUGUACUUGGUUUCCAAGGAGACAACAGUAUCAUGCAUGAUGACAUGCAUGGGACAUGAUGUGUGGAAAAAGAGAAUCAAGAUCCUGGAGCUCAGGCCUCGGCCAUGAACUUUGCUCUCACGACACUGAGGCUGAUGUGCCUGGCCUGGCUGUGGCCCGUCGCCCUGCUCAAAGGAAGCAACACGCAAAACCAGCGCAGGCACAAGGACGUCUACCUGGGUGAAAACACACGGCACAAACAUGGAGGACGAAUAGACUUUAAAAUGAAGAAGUCUGACAGCACCAAAUCUUUGCUGAUUAAAUCAGAGCAGCUCUUGCGAAUCGAGGAUCACGAUUUCGCCAUGAGGCCUGGUUUUGGAGGUUCAGCUAUUCCAGUGGGCAUCGACGUGCAGGUGGAGAGCAUUGAUAGCAUUUCAGAGGUCAAUAUGGACUUUACCAUGACCUUGUACCUUAGACAUUACUGGCAGGACGACAGACUGGCCUUCCCCUCCAGCAAUAACAAAAGCCGAACAUUUGAUGCUCGGCUGGUGAAAAAGAUCUGGGUGCCAGACGUCUUCUUCGUUCACUCCAAGCGUUCUUUCAUUCAUGACACCACCAUGGAAAACAUCAUGCUCCGAGUCUAUCCAGAUGGAAACAUUCUUUACAGCGUCAGAAUCACAGUGACGGCUCUCUGCUCUAUGGACUUCAGCAGGUUUCCUCUAGACACACAGAACUGCUCUCUAGAGCUGGAGAGUUACGCGUACAAUGAGAACGACCUCAUGCUCUAUUGGAAGAAUGGGAACGAUUCAUUAAGGACUGACGAGAUUGCACUCUCGCAGUUUUUUAUUGAAGAAUUCCACCCUUCCUACGGGCUAGCCUUCUACAGCAGCACCGGCUGGUAUAACAGGCUGUACAUAAACUUCAUCCUCAGGAGACACAUAUUUUUCUUCAUGCUGCAGACGUACUUUCCCACAAUGCUUAUGGUCAUGCUCUCCUGGGUCUCCUUCUGGAUCGACAGGAGAGCUGUACCGGCACGUGUCUCUCUAGGAAUCACAACCGUUCUGACCAUGUCUACUAUAAUAACGGGUGUCUCAGCAUCAAUGCCUCAGGUGUCUUAUGUGAAGGCGGUGGACAUCUACCUUUGGGCCAGUUUCCUCUUCGUUUUCCUGUCAGUCAUCGAGUAUGCUGCCGUGAACUACUUCACUACAGUGGAAGAGAUGAAAAAACUUCAGAAAGGAAAGCUUCCAGUUUCCUACAACGCAACCCAGGCUAUGGCCUACGAUGGCUGUUUUCACGAUGACAUAGAUGUAUCGCCUUUCCCCGAGCUCCCCACCACACCCAGCACCACACGGACCAUCCCGCCCAGAGCCUCCUCCACUGAGCCCCCGCCCACCGAAGGCACGAGACUUUGGAGGAAACGUUCAAUGGGCAAAAACAUCAGAUUCAUAAUGAGCAACAGCUACAUGAUUGACUCGUACUCCAGAAUCCUCUUUCCAGUGGCAUAUCUUCUCUUCAACAUCAUCUACUGGUGUAUCUACUCCUGAUUAUAUAGCUUGGGUUUUUCUGAUCAGUCGCUGUAAUAAGUCCAGGAUAAGCUACAGUACUGUUAUUGCACAAGACAAAUGGACAAACGAUUGCAAUAAGCACAAGUGACCUGACAAAGUGGACAGUGUUGAUAAAAUGCUACUGGAGAAAGAUCCAUAUGGACGUUUGAUAUGGUUCACGUGUAAAAAAAAAAUCUCUUAAGAGACAUUUUAAACAUUUUGUAUUUCUUAUAGCAUUUGAAGGAAUGUCUUUUGUCAUAAAUGAACUCUCAAACACAAGGAGCAUGUUCAUCUCAUUCAAGGAUAUACUGUACAAAUGGCUGCUUAUGACUUUUCCGAUGAGAUCCAUCCACCAUCCCAGCUUUAUCUACUCAACUCGGGUCUCUUUCUCAAGCCAACCCAUGUGGAAACCAAGACAACCUGCUUUAUAUGAUUAAUAAUUAUAUGAACAUGUGAACUCAAUAAAAUAAAUUAAAUAAA